AUGUUAAGGAAGCGCAUUAUGUGUAACCCACGAGAUUUUGUCCUGUUAAAACUGUUUAAACGGUACUACUGGCACCGAAUGGGCUACAAACCAAAAAAUAUUGAACCCGGUUCAUUUCCAUUUCCUAGACGUCAAGUACCAAUUGAUGGACAAAAAUCGUACGCUGACCGCAUCAAAGAUUUGUCUUCGGGAGGUAAAGCAAAUCCCUCUCUCGAUUCUGUCAAUAUUGGAUUCAAAGUCGAUCUACCAAAACGAGCACACAAGGCUGAUCGAAAACCUGAACUUGAGCCUUUGGCUCGUCGUCGACAGCUCAAGGUAUCCAUUAAUGAAAUCCGCAACCUAGCUGGGGUUUGUGAGUCACCUUCGCAGAGACUCCUCGCAGCAGACCACUUUGGGAUUUUUAAAGACCUCUUUGGACCUCAAUAUUAUUUCAUUCCGAUCUUGGAUGUCCCCAUUUUUUACCCUCUCGUGAACUCUUCCGAUGUGGUUCCCGUAUGCUACGGAAAUCAAAUCAGUCCGAGAAAUGCGAUGAUUGAACCGCUUGUUGAUUUCUCCCGCUUACCAAAAAAUUCGUUGUGGACUCUAAUUAUGACUUCCCCUGAUGAGCCCUUUUUGGGAGAAAGCAGUACCCAACCUGCCGAGUACAUCCAUUGGAUGAUUGCCAACAUAAACCCAGAGAUAUGCCAAGACAAUGUUCCCACGGAGGGCGAUCUGAUUGUGGACUAUUUGCCACCACUACCGUAUUUCGGCUCUGGCUUUCACCGGUACGUCUUUCUCCUGUAUCGACAAGACAAUGGUCCCAUCGAUUUGUCCAAAGAGCUGCGCGGUCCUGUAAAAAUGGAUUAUCACAAGGAACGCGUCUUCAGCACAGCAGAUUUUUACCGACUCCACCAAGACGCGUUAACGCCAUCAGGACUGGCUUUCUUUCAGUCUUCCUGGGACGAGUAUGUUAGAUCAUAUUUCCGUGAGCAUUUGCCUGAGAUCAGCGAGCCUGUUUUCGAGGUUCAGUUUCCCACUGAAAUGCCGCCACCGCAGGCACGCUUUCCCCUGGUCAACUCCUGGUUCCACCCUCGUCGCCAUCCCUUGGGCCUGCCUCUGGCCAAUAGUCGUCUAGGUGUGCACGAGGACGUCUCCUUUGAUACUUACCUCGACUGCUAUCGCGAUAAACGCGAAAUGGAUCAAGAACUGGUUCAGCAACGACUUGCCACCGAGGGUAACCCUCUGGAUCCAGAGCACCCACGCUUCCAGUCACCAUAUCCUUUGGUCAGCCCACACCUCCCCUCGGGUCGUGAUGUGCCUUCCUGGUGGAAGCAACAGGAGAUUCAACGACGUCUGCGCAAAGGUCGAUGGGUUCAUCUAGAGGGGCACGAGGACUGA